CUUUGAUCCUAUAUUCUCGUUGGCAUACUCCGGCAACUCCGGGCCCCUUUCGGUUAGUCUCCGGGGAUGGCAAGCUUUCUGGGACCACUAGAAUUUCAAGCCGAUAACUGUCAGAUGUAGGGAAGAUUACCAAUCUCGUAAACAGUGAAACGCUCGGUCUCAGUAUGAUCGCUGUCGCUUUUUAUACCUCUCAAUCGGCAAGCAUAUCGUGAUGGCAUUCCGAACCCUAGGCGCCGACUAUGAACGAACUACGCGAAAACCUCGCUGAUAGUGCGAAACAGUUUCUCGCCGGCAAUGAAGCGGCUUCGAGUACUCGGUCUUCGGUCGUGUUUGAUCGACUAUCAGUUGUGGGCAGCGGCCGCGGUGUACAAGCUGCGCCAACGGUAUGGACCACUUUAAAAUCAUGGUCGAACAUUUUCAAUCCACGAUUGUAUGGUCAAACCGAACCCUCACGUACUUUGCUGCAUGAAUUCUCUGGAUCCUUGGCAAGCGGUGAGAUGCUGCUUGUCGUGGGUAAACCCGGCAGUGGGUGUACCACCUUCCUCAAAGCUCUUGCAAAUAUGGGCGAUGAGUAUAAGAGCGUGACCGGUCAACUUACCUACGGUGGCCGUCCUGCUGACGACUGCGACCCUGAUCGUGUUCGCUUGACCUUCUGCGCCGAGGAAGACAAUCACUUGCCGACUCUCACAGUGGCACAAACGCUUAGAUUCGCUGUCCGCGCCACUUGGGAUGCACAAGCAUCUGGUGCCUCCGUUGAUGCUGCAGUCGAGUCGUUAGCCAAGUGCGUCGGACUGUCCCAUGUACUGAAGACUAAGGUUGGUAAUGCCGCCAUACGUGGGGUCAGCGGCGGAGAACGGAGGCGAGUCUCGCUCGCUGAGGCUAUGGCGACUUGUCCGGAUGUUCUCUGUCUCGACAAUCCUACCAAUGGUCUCGACUCAGCUACCGCUCUUGACUUCGUGCAAAUGACGCAAGAGUUCACGACCCAGCACGGAUGCUCCACGGUCAUGAGCGUAUAUCAGGGAAGCAAUGCCAUGGUGCCAUUGUUUGACAAGGUUUUAGUCAUCAGUGGCGGCCGCCAGAUCUUUUAUGGCAGGGCCACGCAUGCCAAGGCAUAUUUUGAGAGUCUUGGCUUCAUAUGCCCGGAUCGCACGACUGUCACCGACUUCUUGAAUUCGAUGACAGCCGAGCCCGAGCUUCGUCAUGUGCGCAAAGGCUGGCAAUCCCGUGUUCCCUCGACGUCCGCCCAGUUCGAAGAUGCGUUCCGUCACAGCGAGCACUACAAUGAUGUCAUCGGUCAUAUCACUGCUGAGCGUAGCAAGACUACAGUAGUGGGACCCAAGAGGAAAUCGUACGCGUUGCCUCUAUACCGUCAAAUCCUGGAAUGCUGUGUGCGUCAAUUUCGAGUCCUCGCCCUUGACACGAACACGUGGAUGACGGAGGCUGUGACCAUCAUCGUGCAAAGCCUGGUCCUAGGUACCCUGUUUCGCGACCAACCUAGGGCCACGCGGUCGUUAUUCAUCCUUAGCUCAUCUCUGUUCAACUCUGUUCUGGUUCCCGCGCUACAAUCGAUGGGCGAGUUCAGCAACAGCUUCGCCGAGCGUCCACUCGUCAUUCGGCAGAAACGAUACCGCUUUUACCGGCCUGCCGCCUACGCUUUGGGUCUUGUGCUCACAGAUGCAGUUUGGAAGGUUAUAGCAAUUGCCUACAAUAUCCCGCAGUACUUUCUCACCGGAUUUCAGCGUACUGCAGACAAGUUCUUCACUUGGUUUUGCAUUGUGUAUGUACUGCAUAUGGCACUUUCCAUGGUAUUCCGCGCCAUUGCCGUCUCCUCGCGCAACAUGGCACGUGCAGUAUUGCCUGUAGGCAUCAUGUUCAACAUCUUCGUCCUGUACACUGGUCUAUAUGUACCUGGCCCGCAAAUGCAAGUUUGGCUUUUCUGGAUCAAGUACUGUAACCCGCUCUAUUACGCUUACGAGUCUGCAAUGGUGAACGAGUUUGGUAAUCUUUAUUACACCUGCAGCGACAUGGACCUGGUACCCAAUGGGAACGACACAGAUUCUAUCGCCUACCAAGUUUGCUCGGUGCAAGGCAGCGUAUCAGGGCAAGCACUUGUUUCUGGGGCCGCCUAUAUGAAGGCUCAGUAUGGAUUUCAAACGUCAAAUCUGUGGAGGAAUGUUGGUAUUAACGCCGCAUUCUUCGUAUUCUUCGCACUGUGCACAUGUGUCGGCAUGGAUCGCUACAAGCUACCGGCUGGCCACCUCGCUACCAUCUUUUACAAAACCGACCCAAAGUCCGUAGACCUAGCGAUGAGCUCUAACAGUUCAGACACGGAAAAAGGUGCAACUGAUCAGGACACUCCCCCAGUCACGACGCAGCCUUCCCUACCAUUCGUGGCUAGUCACAAUGGAAGAAUGUUGGCAUGGGAGAAUCUCACGCUGGAACUCAAAGUUGGUAGUGAAACAAAGCGACUCCUUGAUAAUUUAAGUGGAUUUGUGGAGCCUGGGAAACUAACAACUUUGAUGGGAGCAUCAGGAGCUGGCAAGACGACACUCUUAAACACGCUUGCCGGGCGUUUAGAGUUUGGUACCUUGUCGGGUAAUUUGUCAAUCGACGGUGGGCCAUUGCCCAAGUCCUUUCGGCGCUACAUGGGGUAUGUGCAGCAGCAGGAUGUCCACUUGCCCAGCCAAACAGUGCGUGAGGCGUUGCAGAUGACUGCCCACCUCAGACGGUCCCUGAGUGUACCAAACGAGGAAAAAGACAGCCAUGUUGAAGCUGUAAUCCGUACACUUGAAAUGGAAGACAUUGCCGAUGCACUGAUCGGUGUGCCUGGGGCGGGUCUUAAUUUGGAACAGAGAAAGCGGGUAACGAUCGGUGUUGAGCUGUCGGCUAGGCCAGACAUUUUGAUAUUAGACGAGCCCACUUCGGGCCUUGACGGCCAGUCAGCCCUGACCAUUGGGCGUCUUCUACGAAAGCUAGCAGACUCGGGCCAGACAGUCUUGUGUACAAUCCACCAGCCGGCGAUGGAGCUGAUCAACCUUUUCGACCACUUGGUACUACUGGUUCCAGGAGGACGUCUAGCCUACGAUGGCCCACUGGGUGAUCAUUGCACAGCAGUUCUCGAGUACCUAGUUCGUGUUGGCUCUGUGAGGCCUUGCAGGCCAGAUGAAAACCCAGCCGAGUACCUUGUACAGGCGGUUAGAGGGGAGUUUUCGUCGGGUCCAGUAGACAAGAAGCCAGAUUAUCCCGCCAUAUGGCAGGCCAGCGAGGAGCGCGUUGCACGCGAGUCGCAGCGAGAAAGUUUGAUAUCUGCCAUCACCCAUCCUGAGACAGCAACGCAUACCGAACGCACGCACGCUGUGCCCUUAAAUGUGCAAUUCAUGACGACAAUGCGCCGCACUUGGUUGUAUUACUGGCGGGAACCCGAUUACUUUGUCUCGAAGCUGUUGAUGAAUAUGGGAAACGCACUUCUCAACGGGUUGACCUUUCUCAACGCGGGGAAUAAUGAGCGCGGCGCGUAUAACCGUCUCUUCUCGGCGUUUAUGUCACUGAUCGUAGGGCCGCCGCUAGGCCUGCAGUUGAUGCCACGCUUCGUGGCACUGCGUGACAUUUUCACACAACGAGAACAGGCAAGUCUAUCAUAUAGUUGGCUAUGCUUUGUGGUGCCGGCAAUCCUCGUUGAGUUACCCUUUGCUUUCAUUACUAGCCUAGUGUAUUGGUUGCUGUGGUAUUUCCCUGUUGGGUAUUUUACCGAUCCGGCGCAUGCGGGUUAUAGCUUCCUUAUGUAUGAGCUCUUCUCCGUUUUCGCCCACAGCCUGGCGCAACUCUGUGCCGUACUCAUGCCCAGCCUCAACGCCGCUCUUAUGGCAAACGGCUUUUUCUUCAUGUUCGUCAACUGCUUCGCUGGCACACUAUCUCCCAAACCCUCUACCCCGACGGGUUGGCGCUGGUAUUAUGAUAUUUCUCCCCUCUUCUACUUCAGCGAGGGUACGACAGCCGACAUGCUAUAUGAUCUUGAAAUUACGUGCGAAGCCUCCGAGGCCUACGUUUUCCAGAUACCAUCCAACGGAACUACCUGCCAAGACUACGCAAAAGACUUCCUCCAGACAGCAACUGGGUAUUUACUGAACCCGGGCGCGAGCUCUGAUUGCCAAUAUUGCCGGUAUAAGAACGGUCAGUCAUACUACUCUCAAUGGGGCUACGACUUCGCAAAUCGUUACAGAAAUAUAGGCAUCUUCAUCGCAUUCAUCGCAUUUAAUUAUACCGCUGUUAUCAUGCUUACGUACUUGACCAAGGUCAAGAAAUGGAAGAGGGAAUAAUUAUGUCUGACUGCACCACGUGGGGGAAGCUCAAUUGAGGGAUACAUUUGCCUCUUCGGAUAUGUUUUUCAAGCUAUAUCACAUUGGUCUGGUUCUGUUUAGUUUGGCCCACGUUAGCUUAUAAGAGCCUUCAAAGGCUUCUCGCGAGAGAGAGAGCGAAGAAAAAAAUCCCAUUAGGUAGUCUUUCUAGUCAGCUUUC